AUGACAUUGACUUCUCCUCUGGCCAAGUUUGAUGGCCUCGAGCUCCCAGCAGCUGCAGACUUCCACGAAACCAUCGUCCCUCUCAUCAGGACCGGCGGCGUCAACACUGUGUACGUGAUGCCCAACCUCGUCCCGCCCCUCACUUCGGCGUCGGCCGCUAUGGCCUACAAGGACCGCCUGCAAAAGCUCAACCCGGAGGCGGAGGUCAACUAUCUCAUGACCUUGUACCUCCACGAGAGCAUCACGCCGGCCGUGGUCAAGGGGGCCAAGGCCCAAGGGAUCGUCGGCAUCAAGGUCUACCCUGCCGGCGUCACGACCAACUCCAGCUCGGGAGUUUCGUCGUACGAGCCAUUCUAUCCGGUCUUUCGGGCCAUGGAGCAAUGUGGAAUGGUGCUGAACCUGCACGGGGAGUGUCCGUCCGAUCACGAGAAGAAUAUUACGAUCCUCAACGCCGAGUCCACAUUCCUGCCAACGCUGAAAGGACUCCACGAGAAGUUCCCAAAUCUCAAAAUCGUCCUCGAACACUGCACGACCAAGGAAGCCGUCGAAGCCGUCAACGACUGCGGCCCCAACGUGGUAGGCACAAUCACCGCACACCACCUCUUCCUCACCAUCGAUGACUGGGCCGACGACCCAUUCUGCUAUUGGCAAGAAGCUAAUUCGCCACCCAGCAAACCAGUUGCCAAAUGGCCAGCUGACCGCGAGGCUCUGAUCAAAGCCGCGCUCGCAGGCACUGGUAAAUUCUUCCUCGGCAGCGACUCCGCACCCCACGACGUCAAGGCAAAGAGAGGUGGAUCCGGCAAGACUGCCGCAGGCGUGUUCACGCAACCCUACCUCAUCCCUCUCGUCAUGGAUGCCUUCGAGCAAGCCAUCGCGCGCAAGGUCAUCAGCGAGGACGAAGUCACGGUCGACAUCCUGAAGGGCUUCCUAGGCGGCCACGGCAGGAAAUUCUACGGCCCAUCAUCAGACACGCGUGACGAGACUAUAAUCCUCAGCAGGGGCUCGGAAGUCAUCCAGGAGUCUUUCACCGGCCAAGGCGUAGAGGUUGUCCCGUUUAGGAGGGGACAGCGCACGUGGAGCGUCAAGUGGAAAUAG